AUGGCCUCCAAGACCUUCGCGAGAACGUUACGCACUGCGUCGAAGCAGAAAAUUAGCACCCCAUCGAUGCCCAAACGCUCGUUCGUUUCUGCUCCGUCGACCAGACCGAUCGUUGCAGCUUCCCAGCGUUCUGUCUUUGCGGCUCCAGGUCAGCAGCAGACAAGAGGUGUCAAGACAAUUGACUUUGCCGGCACCAAGGAGCAGGUUUACGAACGAGAGGACUGGCCCCGUGAAAAGCUUCUGGAAUACUUCAAGGACGACACCCUCGCCCUUAUCGGCUAUGGCUCCCAAGGUCACGGUCAAGGCCUUAACCUCCGUGACAACGGGCUGAACGUCAUUAUCGGCGUCCGAAAGAACGGCGCAUCCUGGAAAGAGGCAGAACAAGAUGGCUGGAUUCCGGGCAAGAACCUGUUUGAGAUGGACGAUGCCAUCUCUCGCGGCACCAUCGUCAUGAACUUGCUCAGUGAUGCCGCGCAGAGUGAAACCUGGCCAGCGAUCAAGCCUCAGUUGACCAAGGGAAAGACCCUGUACUUCUCCCACGGUUUCUCUCCCGUUUUCAAAGAGUUGACGAAGGUCGAUGUGCCCAAAGACAUUGAUGUCAUCCUUGUCGCGCCCAAGGGAUCCGGCCGAACCGUCCGAUCUCUAUUCCGAGAGGGUCGUGGUAUCAACUCCUCCCUUGCCGUCUACCAAGAUGUCACUGGCAAGGCCGAAGAGAAGGCUGUUGCUCUGGGCGUCGCCAUUGGCAGCGGUUACCUCUACAAGACCACCUUCGAGAAGGAGGUGUACUCUGACCUGUACGGCGAGCGAGGUUGCUUGAUGGGUGGUAUCCAUGGCAUGUUCCUCGCCCAGUACGAAGUUCUCCGAGAACGUGGCCACUCUCCAUCCGAGGCCUUCAACGAGACUGUUGAAGAAGCCACUCAAUCACUGUAUCCUCUGAUCGGCGCCAACGGUAUGGACUGGAUGUAUGCCGCUUGCUCCACCACGGCCCGUCGUGGUGCCAUUGACUGGUCCGGCAAGUUCAAGGACACCUUGAAGCCAGUGUUCAAUGAGCUCUAUGACAGCGUCAAGACCGGCAAGGAGACCAAGCGCAGCUUGGAGUUCAACAGCCAACCCGACUACCGGGAGAAGUACGAGAAGGAGAUGGAGGAGAUCCGCAACUUGGAGAUCUGGCGUGCGGGCAAGGCUGUUCGCUCUUUGCGACCAGAGAACCAGUAA